AUGGAAGCUGACACUCUACCUGCCAUGGCUAUUAACUUGGUUAAGGACAUGGACCCCAAGGGCUACCCUUCUACUAAUGCUCAUCUUGUCUUCUGUUGUCGACGCCAUUGCGAAGAAGGACUUUUCAAGCUCAUGAGACAAGCUGCGGACUGUCCUAUUCGUGAAGGUACCCUGCUCUUCGUUGGCAGGUCGGACAAGAGCUUCACCUCCCGUGUACGGGAUGGUAAGGGCCGUCGUAGUGGACUUACUGUCAAUGAGGCUAAGUAUGGUCAUCUCCUGGGUCACAACAAGACCGUUGCUGUCACUAAGGCUCUUCACCAGGACUCUACUGCGUCUGCUGGGUCAAGGGGUUCCCCUUCUAAGUAUCUUCCGGCUGCUUUCAAGCUGCGUGCUGAUGAAUGGUGCAAAACCAGUUGGGAAGCUGUGGACCGUGCUCAUCGUGGUGCUGGGACUUACUGGGCUGACGAGGACCCUGGUAUGUACAAGAAGUUACGUGAAGCUCCCGCCACUGUCGAUGGGGUCUUUGAUACUCUUAAGGAGCUAAGUCAAGCAUACUCCCAAGACCACCCUAGGACUUCAUCAUCACGUCCUGCUGAAGCAUCUCCUACCUCAGAAUCGAGGAAGAGAAGACUUGAGGACUCUUGGUACUAA